AAGUCAAAGUAGUGGAUAGACUCCGGAGAGCUCUGCGGAGUUGACGAAACUACAUUACCCAGAGCAGAGAUCGCUAAAUGGCGGCGAAGUUGAGCCAAUGAGAAACAAGGAUAGGCGGACUUCCGCGCAUGUGCAGGACGACAGAGCGGAACUUCCGGCGUUCUCCUCGCGGCGGUUUUCUUGGCUUCUCUCCUGUUUGUCGAUCCCAACAGAACCUCCACAGCGGGGGUCGCGACUGAGACACGGUACAGAGAAGGCGCGAAAGUAAGUCUGAGGCUCGGCGACGCCACGCCGGGUGAGCUGUGUCAAGCCCGGGAUAGGGACCGCUGUGUUCGAAGGCCCGCCCCGGUCGCCCGCCGCUCCCCGCCUGGUCGACAGAGCUCAAUGGCGGCGUUCACAAUGAGGGACCCGGCUCAGCGUACGACCUUUGAGGAUGUGGCCAUUUAUUUCUCCCAAGAAGAGUGGGAGCUCCUUGAUGAAGCUCAGAGGUUCCUGUACUGCGAUGUGAUGCUGGAGAACUUUGCACAUGUGACCUCCCUGGGUUAUUGCCAUGGGACACAGAAUGAGGCCAUAGCUUCUGAGCACACUGCAUCUGUAGGAGGAAAGUUACAGAUGGUUACCAGAAAAGUCCAAUGGUGGGGAUGUGAGAAAGGGGAGCUUAUUUCUGGAACCGGUUUGAAAGGGUCUGGCUCUGUUGCCCUGGCUGGAGAGCAGUGGUACCAUCAGAGCUCACUUCAGCCUCAACCUCCUGGCCUCAAGGGAUCCUCCUAUCCAAGCCUCCUUAAUAGCUGGAAGUACAGAACGUCUGCAGCGGGGGUCGCGACUGAGACACGGUACAGAGAAGGCGCGAAAGUAAGUCUGAGGCUCGGCGACGCCACGCCCGGUGAGCUGUGUCAAGCCCGGGAUAGGGACCGCUGUGUUCGAAGGCCCGCCCCGGUCGCCCGCCGCUCCCCGCCUGGUCGACAGAGCUCAAUGGCGGCGUUCACAAUGAGGGACCCGGCUCAGCGUACGACCUUUGAGGAUGUGGCCAUUUAUUUCUCCCAAGAAGAGUGGGAGCUCCUUGAUGAAGCUCAGAGGUUCCUGUACUGCGAUGUGAUGCUGGAGAACUUUGCACAUGUGACCUCCCUGGGUUAUUGCCAUGGGACACAGAAUGAGGCCAUAGCUUCUGAGCACACUGCAUCUGUAGGAGGAAAGUUACAGGUCAGAACUUCUAAGGGGGACACACCCACCCAGAAAACUCACCUCAGUGCGGUUAAGAUGUGUGCCCCAGUCUUGAAGGACAUUUUGUCUGAGGCUGAGCACCAAACCACAUCCCCUGUGCAAAAGUCUUACUUGGGUGGCACAAGUGUGAGAGGCUUCUGUUUUAAUGCUGACCUUCACCAGCACCAAAAGCAUAACAAUGAAGAAGAACCCUGGAAAAGGAAUGUGGAUGGGGCUACAUUUGUGACAGGCUGCAGAUUCCAUAUGUUGAAUUAUUUUACCUGUGGGGAGGACGUCCCACCCUCCACGGGCCUACUCCAACACCAAGCCACUCCUAGUGGUGAGGAGCCACACAGUAGCAGCAGCAAGCAUAUACGGGCAUUUCAUGGGGCAAAAUGUUGUUACCAGUGGGGUGAAUGUCAAAAAGCUUCAAGCCACACACACACACUUGUUCAGCCUCAGAGUGUCUGCUCUGAAGAAGGGCUUUAUGAGUGUAGUAAAUGUGAGAAAGCUUUCACCUGCAAGAACACACUUGUUCAGCACCAGCAAAUUCACUCUGGACCAAAGACAUUCGAGUGUAGUGAAUGUGGGGAAUCCUUUAGCAAAAAGUGCCACCUAGGCUUACCUAAGAUAGUUCACACUGGAGAAGGGCCUUAUGAAUGCAGUGAUCAUGGGAAAGCCUUUAUCCAUACAUCUGAAUUCAUUCACCACCAGAGACGUCACACCAGAGAAGUGCGUUAUGAGUGUGGUGAAUGUAGGAAAUCCUUUAGCUGCAAAUCUAACCUGAUUGAACACCAGAGAGUUCACACAGGAGAAAGGCCUUAUAAAUGUGGUGAGUGCGGGAAAUCCUUUAGACAAAGCUCUAACCUUUUCCGACACCAGAGAGUUCACUCUGGAGAAAGGCCUUAUCAGUGCUGUGAAUGUGGGAAAUCCUUUAGACAAAUCUUCAAUCUCAUUCGACACAGAAGAGUUCACACUGGAGAAAUGCCUUAUCAGUGCAGUGAUUGUGGGAAAGCUUUUAGCUGCAAAUCAGAACUCAUUCAACACCAGAGAAUUCACAGUGGAGAAAGACCUUACAAGUGCAGCGAAUGUGGGAAAUCCUUUAGGCAGUUCUCUAACCUCAUUCGACACCGCAGCAUUCACACUGGUGAUAGGCCUUAUGAGUGCAGUGAAUGUGAGAAGUCAUUUAGCCGCAAAUUUAUUCUGAUUCAACACCAAAGAGUUCACACUGGAGAAAGGCCUUAUGAAUGCAGUGAAUGUGGAAAAUCCUUUACCCGCAAAUCUGACCUCAUUCAACACAGGAGAAUUCAUACUGGCACAAGACCUUAUGAGUGCAGUGAAUGUGGGAAAUCUUUCAGACAGCGUUCUGGCCUCAUUCAGCACCGAAGACUUCAUACUGGAGAAAGGCCUUACGAGUGUAGUGAAUGUGGAAAGUCCUUUAGCCAAAGUGCUAGCCUCAUUCAGCACCAGAGGGUUCACACUGGAGAAAGACCUUAUGAGUGUAGUGAAUGUGGGAAAUCCUUUAGCCAGAGCUCCAGCCUCAUUCAGCACCAGAGAGGUCACACUGGAGAAAGACCUUAUGAGUGCAGUGAAUGUGGGAAACCCUUUACUCACAAAUCUGACCUUAUUCAGCACCAAAGAGUUCACACUGGAGAAAGGCCUUAUGAAUGCAGUGAAUGUGGGAAAUCCUUUAGCCGCAAAUCUAACCUCAUUCGACAUCGGAAAGUUCACACUGAAGAAAGACCUUAAAUGUGAAAGGAAGGUGCUAUUUUUUUAUUCAGUAUAAUAGCACUGGAGAGACUGGGAGCCAUCCUCCUAAAUUUAAAUUUUGAGCAUCUACAAUGGGGGAUUCUAUGUAAGCUUCAGGUAUGUGGGAAGCUCUGAGGAGGUUCAUUGUUAUUUAUAAUCUUCCCAUGGUCAUAGCCUGAUUUAUGUCACUGCCCAUUUCUGAGGCUGAAGCCAUUUCACUUCUGCCACCUGGCAGGUGCACACCGUGCGCAUGAGUCACUUCCCCACAGUGCACAAAGAAGCAAACCUCUGUAUUCUCCCAUUUGCUUGGGGAAAUUAUUAAUAGGUCAGGCAAGUAGGGGAUCCUCAUUUCUUUUCUCUGACUUCAGAGUAUAGACCUGCCCCACUUUUGGUCCAGAGGAGUCAAUGUGAGUUGCGCUGUCAGCAUUCAUAGAAGGGUUACUUUUUUUAGGGACACUGUUCUCACAUGAUGCUUGUAAUGAGUAUUUCUAGCUUCUGAUUCACCAGUUUGGAAACUGCUUGGUGCACACUGCUCUGAUUUAUAAUCUUUUUAUAAAGGUUGUAAAAAGGCCAGGUGCAGUGGCUUAGGCCUGUAAUCCCAGCACUUUGGGAGGCCGAGGUAGGCGGAUCACCUGAGGCAAGGAGUUCAAGACCAGCCUGGCCAAGGUGGUGAAACCUGUCUCUACUAAAGAUAGAGAAUUAGCCCAGCAUGGUGGAAGGUACCUGUAAUUUCAGUUACUCGGGAGGCUGAGGCAGCCUCCCACUUGAAUCCAGGAGGCAGAGGUUGCAGUGAGCCGAGAUCAUGUCAUUGCCCUCCAGCCUGGGCGACAAGAGUAAAACUCUUAUCUCAGAGAAAAAAAAAGUUUAAAAAAAUGUAUGCAUCUUUAAUCUUGGGGGUUCUGUUCACUGUAUAGAAUGUUUAUAAGCAGAAUAGUGAUGUCAGUAUGAAGGGGUGGACACGUUCUGUCCAAUUUCUGUGCUCAGAAGGGACAAUGUGAUGGCAGAAUCGUGAUGUCAGCAUGAAGGGGUGGACAGAUUUUGCCCACUUUCUGUGCUCAGAAAGGACAGUGUGAUGGCAGAAGACAGGUCUUUGUCCUGUAUUGGUCUACUUGGCCUGCUGUCCAAGGCUUCAAAGCCUGCCAGGCUUUGUGUUCCUGUGUUGUGGUCUGAUGCCAUUUUUGUCAGGCCAGAGGUCACCAUGAAAAGGAGGCAGUUGUGACAAUCCCCAGUGCUUCUGUGCCCGUGAAGUUUGUUCACUUGUUCACAAGAAAUACCAUAUAAUUCCUAGCACCAUUGAGGGGAAUCUGUUUCCUGGGUCCUGCAAGGGAGCCAUGUGCCAUGACAUGUAAGUCAGUGUAGCCUGGUUCCAUUUGAUUUCAGACUAUAGAUACAGAGGUUAAAUUCGAGUCACAACUGUAAUUGGGACUGAAACUCUGGGUAAAUGCGGAGUGGGGAGCGCUGCAGUAAGUUAGAUGGAAUGCCUCUUCUAAAAGUUCAUCUACAAAUUUUUCAGUGAAUAUAGCUGUGUGGGACAAGGGCGUACAGAAAUUCUGAUGAUCUUUAUAACCAUUUCCUAUCGCUGAAGUCAUUGUCAGAAAAUAGUCUAUAAAAAUUUUGUGGCUCCUCGCAUCCUCUCUCAACUGUUUACCUCAAGGCCAUUGCUAUGCAGGUAGGAGAAUAAGAAUAGAGAGAAGGAUCAUUCUGCAGUCCAGGGAUAUGGUUUUUGUGACUCAACCAACGUUCCUAUUAAUUCAGGUGGCAACAGAAUUCAUUGCUUUCCAAAAUUUGCUGCUUCUGGGGCAAGGUUGCCUUUCUCAGGGCAUGAGGAGAGAGAGAGAGAGAUAGUGGAGUCUAUAUCAAGUUGCCAACCUGGUUUUCUUUCUUUCUUUUUUUUUUUUGAGACGGAGUUUUGCUGUUGUUACCCAGGCUGGAGUGCAAUGGCACGAUCUCGGCUCACCGCAACCUCCGCCUCCUGGGUUCAAGCAAUUCUGCCUCAGCCUCCUGAGUAGCUGGGAUUACAGGCGCGCGCCACCAUGCCCAGCUAAUUUUUGGAUUUUUAGCAGAGACGGGGUUUCACAUUGUUGACCAGGAUGGUCUCGAUCUCUUGACCUCGUGAUCCACCCGCCUCGGCCUCCCAAAGUGCUGGGAUUAUAGGCGUGAGCCACUGCACCCCCAUUGCACCCGGCCCAACCUGGUUUUCAAAAAAAGAUAAAAACAUGCAACAUCUAGACUCUUAAUUUUGAGCCACUUCUGAAAGCUUUAUGAAGGUCUAGUUUAUACAACUGACAUGCAACAAGGUACAGGUAUCCAAAAUGUACAGUUUGGUAAAGCCAUGAAACCAUCAUCACAACCAUGAAAAUGAAUUUAUCUGUCACCCAUAUAUUUUCCUUGUAUCCUUUUAUAAUCUCCCUCUGCCUUCCCCAGCUCUUCCGGGACCAACUGAUUUCCUUUACAGUAAAUUAGUUUGCAUUUUCUGGAAUUUUUCAAUGAGAUAUAUUUAUAUAUUCUUUCUGGUUUUCUUGCUGUAUAAUUAUUUUGAGAUUCAACAAUGAUGAAUGUUUGUGCUGCUGAGUAUUAGGGUUUUCUAUGGAUAAGUCACUGUUUAUCCACGUCUUUAGGGACAUUUAUGUUAUUUAUAGAUUUUAGUAUAUUACAAAUAAAGCUGCUAUAACUACUUGGAUUCAGUUCUUUAUAUGGGUAUGUUGUAUUGUUCUUGUGUUAAUAACGGAAACUGUAAUGUCUGAAUUACAGUGUAGGUGAAUGUUUAACGUUUUAAGAAAUGCCAAACUUUGAUCUAAAUGGAUGUUUCCUAUUUUAUUCCCACCAAGGGUUUGUGAGAAUUCCAGUUCCUCUUCAUCCCUGCCAGUGCUUCAUGUGGCCACUCUUUUUUAAUUUUAGCUCUUUUAAUAUAGCAGUAGUGGUAUCUCACUGUAGUUUUCGUUACACUUCCCUAAAACUUUAUGAUAUUGAGCGUUUUAAAAUGUUUUUAUUUGCCACCUGUGUGUCUUCUUUGUUGGUAAAAUAUCUGUUCAUAUGUUUUUCCUACUUUUUUUUUUUCUGAGACGGAGUUUCGCUCUUGUCACCCAGGCUGGAGUGCAAUGUGCAAUUCUCCUGCCUCAGCCUCCCGAGUAGCUGGGAUUACAAGCGCGCCACCGUGCCCAGCUAAUUUUUUUUUAUUUUUAGUAGAGACGGGGUUUCACCAUGCUGACCAGGAUGGUCUCGAUCUCUUGACCUCGUGAUCCACCCACCUUGGCCUCCUAAAGUGCUGGGAUUACAGGCGUGAGCCACCGCACCCGGCCCUUUCCUACUUUUUUUAGAUGAGUUUAUAUAUAUAUAUAUAUAUAUAUAUUUUUUUUUUUUUUUUUUUGAGACGGAGUUUCGCUCUUGUUACCCAGGCUGGAGGGCAAUGGCGCGAUCUCGGCUCACCGCAACCUCCGCCUCCUGGGUUCAGGCAAUUCUCCUGCCUCAGCCUCCCGAGCAGCUGAGAUUACAGGCACGCACUACCGUGCCCAGCUAAUUUUUUGUAAUUUUAGUAGAGACGGGGUUUCACCAUGUUGACCAAGAUGGUCUCGAUCUGUUGACCUGGUGAUCCACCCGCCUCGGCCUCCCAAAGUGCUGGGAUUACAGGUGUCAGCCACCAUGCCCGGCGCUCAAUUUUGUUGACAUUUUUUUAUUAUUUUAUUUAUUUGAGACAGAGUCUUGCUCUGUUGCCCAGGCUGGAGUGCAGUGGCGCAGUCUCGCUCACAGCAACCUCAGCCUCCCAAGUAGCUGGGACUACAGGUGUGCAUCACCACACCCAACUCAUUUUUGUAUUUUUAGUAUAGACAGGGUUUUGCUAUGUUCGCCAGGCUGGUCUUGAACGCCUCAGCCUACCAGAGUAUUGGGAUUACAGAUGUGAACCACUGUGCCUGGCCCAAAUUUUUAAUUUUAUUAUUAUUAUUAUACUUGAAGUUCUAGGGUACAUGUGCAGAAUGUGCAGGUUUGUUACAUAGGUAUACAUGUGCCAUGUUGGUUUGCUGCAUCCCUCUCCCCGGUCAUCUGCAUUGGUAUUUCUCCCAAUGGUGUCUCCCCAAUCCCCCACCCUCCGACAGGCCCCUGUGUGAGAUAGUCCCCUCCCUGUCUCCAUGUGUUCUCAUCGUUCAACACCCACUUAUGAGUGAGAACGUGUGAUGUUUCGCUUUCUAUUCUGUGUGAGUUUGCUGAGAAUGAUGGUUUCCAGCUUCACCUAUAUGCCUUUAAAGGACAUGAACUCAUCCUUUUUGAUGGCUGCGUAGUAUUCCAUGGUGUAUAUGUGCCACAUUUUCUUUUUAUCCAGUCUAUCUUUGAUGGGCAUUUGGGUUCUUUCCAAGUCUUUUCUAUUGUAAACAGUGCCACAGUAAACAUGUGUUCGUGUGUC